AUGGAUAAGUUUCUCAUCAAGUUACCAAAGCCAAAAGAUGGCCAACCAAGUUCUAGCUCUAAUCAACCAUUUGUGAGUUCACAAGUUGCUCCGGAAGUUCAAAGACAUACAAAUUCUUUUCCACUUUCAAAUAUGGAUAAUAUGCUUGAUUUUAAAUCUCUUGAAGCAGAUCCCAAAGAUCGAAUGCCUAUUUCAUCUUAUGGUCCUAAUAUUCGAGAUGCGGUAAGGAGGAUGCAAGAUUUGAAAAACCAACGACAAUCGAUCCAAUCUUCUUUUGACAAGCAAAGUGAAAAGGCAAGAAGUGAUUAUCUGAUGCGUUUAAAUGCCUCAAUUGAUGUAGCAAGAUUUCUCUUGACAUCGGGAUUUCCAUUUCGUGGACAUGAUGAAAGUGAAGGUUCCGAAUAUAAGGGUGCUUUUCUUGAACUUUUGAAAUGGUAUGGGGAUAGAAGUUUUGAUGUGGGAAGAGUAAUAUUAAGUAAUGCUCCACAAAAUGAUAUGAUGAUUUGUCCGACAAUUCAAAAAGAUAUUGUGGAGGCUUGUGCUAAAGAAACAACUAAGGCUAUCAUUGAAGACUUGGACGGUGAUUAUUUUGGAAUAUUAGUUGAUGAAUCAAAGGAUGUUUCUCAUAAGGAGCAAAUGGCUCUAAUUUUGAGAUAUGUCAACAAAAGUGGAAUGGUGGAUAUGAAACGUGAUUGUCCAUAUCAUCUUGAUAGAUUUGCGGCGGAAAAUCUUUUGAGCAAGAUUCAUGAAUUUGAAUUUGUCUUUAUGUUGCACUUGAUGUUUAAGGUGUUGCUAUUGACGAAUGAGUUGAAUAAAGUUUUACAAAAGAAAGAUCAAGAUAUCGUUAAUGCUAUAGGAUUGCUUGACCUUACAAAGAAACGAUUGCAAAUGAUGAGAGAGGAUGAAUGGGACUCUAUGAUGAAUGAGGUUAGCUUAUUUUAUGGUAAACAUGGAAUUUCAAUUCCCAAAAUGAAUGAAGACUACUCUAAUGGAAAGUCGAAGCGUAAGAGGUUCAAUAUUUCAUAUUUGCAUCACUUUCGUGUGGAAGUAUUUUAUGCCGUCAUUGAUUUGGCACUUCAAGAACUCAAUAAUCAUUUUGAUAUGGUGACUAGUGACUUGCUCCUCGGUAUGGCUAGUUUGAGUCCGGUUGAUUCAUUUGCUAAUUUUCACAAGGAUAGGAUAAUGAAACUAGUUGAGUACUACCCAAUGUACACAAAGAUGUCAUUACCAAAGAAAAUAUUAGGAGGCUUGGAGGGCAACAUGCUUGUUGGUGUUUCUGUAUUGGACGGAAUGCUUUGUGCUUAUUCUAGCUAUGGUCAUGCUAGUAACCGUGCUUUUGAAAUAUGGGUAUUGAAAGACUAUGGUAUCAAUGAAUCUUGA